AUGUCAAAUCUAAAGAUUCGCGAUGGUGUCACAAGCGUCCAACCACCCCUGUCUCAGGCAGUUGGCUAUGUUGUGGUUGUCGUAAUUGGUUUGGUGAUAGCUCUAGUGAUGAUGUUGAUCACCAAAAUCCUGAAGAAGACUACCGGGGAAGACAACCAGAAGACCGAAAUGUUCAUGACAGCUAAUCGCACUGUACGAACUGGCCUUACCGCGUCGGCUGUUAUUUCGUCCUGGUUAUGGUCGACCGCCCUGCUCGGCUCCUCAUUCGUGGGCUAUGAUUAUGGCGUUGCUGGUCCUUUUUGGUUCGCUGCUGGCUGCAGUCCAAUGAUUGUCUUCUUCGCGCUGCUAGGUAUCUCCUGCAAACGAAAGAUCCCUGAGGCGCAUACAUCGCUCGAGGUGGUGCGGAUUCGAUAUGGACGGACUGCUCAUAUCGUGUUCAUGAUUUUGUGUCUCAUCAACAACAUUUUCGCCUGUGCUAAUAUGCUUCUCGGUGCCUCUGCUGUUAUCACAGCCAUGUCCGGAAUGCACAUCAUUGCGGCGACAUUUUUGUUGCCGGUCGGAGUGACGGUCUACACCUUUGUUGGUGGCAUCAAAGCAACUUUUUUGACAGACUAUUUCCAUACUGCCAUUAUUCUAAUCAUCGCAUGCUAUUUCACGGCCAAGGCUUUCUCGGUGGAUCAAGUUGGUUCUGUCGGCAAUCUGUAUGAUCUUCUUGUAGCCGCCGCUGAGCGACACCCUGUCUCGGGCAAUCAAGCUGGAACUUAUUUAACCAUGAAGUCGAAGAGCGCAAUUAUUUUUGGCAUUUUACAUACUUUGGGCAACUUUGGCCUUGUUAUUAUGGAUACAAGCUACUUCAUCAAAGCGUUCUCAGCAUCUCCAGCUGCAGUGGUACCAGGCUACACCAUUGGAGGUAUUGCAUACUUUGCCGUCCCAUGGGGUCUGGGAACCGUGAUGAGCUCCAUCGCUCUGGGACUCGAGAACCAGCCCAACUUCCCCACAUAUCCUCGGAGAAUGACUACAUCCGAGGUUAGCAACGGUCUGGUUCUACCCUAUGCGGCGAUGACGAUCGCAGGUAAAGGUGGUGCUGCGGCUUCCCUUUUGAUCACCUUCAUGGCAUGCACAUCCACCCUCUCCGCCCAAGUCAUUGCAGUAAGCUCUAUUUUGAGCUUUGAUGUGUACCGCGAAUACUUCAAGAAAUCCGCCACAGAUCGCGACCUGAUCCGCGCGAGUCACUUUGGCGUUAUCUUCUUUGCGGCCUUCUCAGCUGGCUUCAGCACAAUGCUGCACUACGUUGGAAUUGAUCUUGGAUGGACGCUAUAUAUGCUUGGCGUUGUUACCUGCCCUGGGAUCUUCCCAAUGGUUUUCACUAUCCUCUGGCGGCAACAAAGCAAAACCGCAGCCAUCCUCUCUCCUAUCCUAGGAAUGAUCACUGGACUGGCAGUCUGGCUCGGCACAGCCGUCCACUUCGGCGGCGAAGUCUCCGUCGCGACAACAGGCGAGGUACUUCCUUGCAUGUACGGCACUGUAGCCUCCUGCUUCUCGCCAAUCGUGUACUCUCUUAUCAUCACAUUCAUCAAGCCGCAGCGGUACAACUGGGAUGAUUUCAAAAAAGAGAAAUUGGCACUGGAGAAACUGGAUAGUAACUUGACUACUGCUCACCAGGAGACAGCUAUCCAGAAUGGGGCAAAUGGUCUUGAAGACGGCGGUGUUCGAAGUGCGGCAUUUGAUGCGCAGGAGCUGAAGAGAUGGGGUCGCAUUGCGGCAUUCUGGUCCAUCGCUACCUUUUUAGGUCAUUGGGUGCUCUGGCCUUUGCCUAUGUAUGGGUCUGGUUAUAUUUUCGAGAAGAAGUUCUUUAUCGCCUGGGUGGUCGUCGCUAUCAUUUGGCUUUGGGGUGCCAUGUUGGUCGCUAUUGUGUACCCACUUGUUGAUGGUGGUAUCCAGCAAAUCAUGCAGGUUUUUAGAGGCCUUGUUGGAAGUAAAGGUCUGGCAAACCAUUCCAAUAUCAUGGGGGUAGACGAGUCUGUAUCCACAUCAUCUCCGUCAGCAACAUCUGUCAUCGACGGGGCUCAGGAGAAGAGUAUUUUAUGA